AUGCACCCGAGGAAAAAAAGUAGACCCACCAUCGAGAAGCGAGGCAAUCCAGUCGAUGCAGAUACUCUCCAUCCCAUCUCAACUCCUCGAGGCGAAGAAAGAGCGUUUCGCUGCCAAUUCUGCGCCAAGGCAUUUCUUCGUAAGGAGCAUCUACAGCGACAUGAAAGACUACAUACCAAGGAGAAGCCCUUUCGCUGCACCAUCUGUUCUGCUGGCUUCGCUCGGAGUGAUCUACUCGCUCGACAUGCUCGCUUGACUCAUGGCAGUGACUCAAUCGCUACUCCCGGCCAUGAGAAUUCAUCGCUGAUUGGGGCUUCCCCAGAGGAUCUGCUUAGAUCUGGGAGGCAAAACCAACGACCAACUGAGGCAAUGGAAAAAUCACUGCCUGAAUCUAUAUCAACGGUGAACAGCGAUCUGUCAUUUCAAGACUUGCCAAUGGGUUACUCCAGUGCGUUGCCGCUGACUUCGCCGGUGGAUAUGCACUCAGUUCCGGAGAACAACACCUUUGGUGAUUUUGACCUGUUCAUUGACAGCAUCAGUGGAUCAUACGGCAGCGGCCUAUCGUCCUUUUUCUUCGAGCAGCCGCUGUUGCCAUCCCAUCCAGCUCCACUCUUCCCUACUGCUGAAUCUGAUCCCAAUUCCUCUGAAUCAACCGCACGUCCAGCAUCCUCCCAUCUGUAUGAUGAAUUUACAUCCGCCUUUCCUUCAUUCGAACCAUCGCCAUCCUUGAAAGCGCAGAAAGAGCCGUGGAAAGUCACACAGCAGGACUGGGACCACCUCUUAUCCAAGGUUCAGCCCUUCAAGUCAGUCAUUCCCCCAGGUUUCGUUCUCCCUUCGCGGCACACCAUGACUCGCUAUAUUACAACCUACUUUACGGGAUUCCAUCGCCACCUGCCAUUCCUCCAUGUUCCGACAUUCUCAGGUGUGGAUUGCCCAGUUGAGUUGAUUUUGGCCAUGGCUACAAUUGGAGCACAAUCUGCAUUUGACCAUCAUAAUGCAAUCAUGCUGUUCAGGGCUUCCUUUGCUAUAGCGCAAGAGAGACUCUGUUGUCGUAAAGAAGAGCGACGCAAGUCGAUAUAUCAGACCAAGAAAGACACGUUAGGGCAAUCUCAAGCAAGUGAACCCAUGCCAGAAACACCUUCUACGAUGCGACAACAAUGCGACUUGAAUGCCGAACAGACGGAUCAGUUCAACCCGUUGCCUCUUGCACAAACACUACUCAUCAUAAUGGCAAUGGCAACCUGGGGCAAUUCAGGAGCCAUAUUCGACGAAGCAGUUGGGAUCCAAAACAUUCUCGCCAACUACCUCAGAGCCGAGAAGCUUUUAGCACCACAAGAAGUAAGAAACACCCCGUGGAAGAUCUGGAUCCAUGAGGAGGGCUUCCGAAGGACCAUUGUCGUCAUUUUUUGCUUUUUCAUGUUCUAUACCAUCGUCUACGACACCCCUCCUCCGAUCCUCAACUCAGAACUCAAUCUCCUUUUACCCUCCCGCGAGAAAGAAUGGGAAGCCCAGAGCGAAGAGGCGUGGAAACAGGCCCGGAGUGAACACGAGCCUGAAUGUCACUUUGACACGCUCUAUUCUAUGCUUUUCCGUGCUCAUGAAGACGGGUUUCCUCGAUACUGCUCGUCACUGGGUAGCUACACUUUGAUCCUUGCGUUAAUUCAGCACAUCUACUUCCUACGAUCAGCCUCAAAGCGCCAAGUUGAAGGAGAUGACCGGAUCUCUCCUAGCGAUGUAACUAAGGUAGAACAAGCACUGAGAAACUGGCAGAGUCUCUGGAAUCACGAUCCAGAAUCGUUCCUGGGCCCCUCAAGCCCACUAGGUCCUAUCUCCUUCAACUCCACUGCUCUUCUUCGAAUGGCCUAUAUCCGCCUCCACGUUGACCUCGGUCCGUGGCGUGCGUUGAACACCCACGACCCAGAUGAAGUUGCGAACUCGAUAUACCAAAGUCCGCCUCUGACGACAAAUCGCAAACUCACCCGCGCAGUACUCUACUCGGCACACGCAUUAAGUAUACCGGUGAAAAUCGGCGUCAAUAUCGUAACGCAUAAUCAAGCAUUUUCAUGGUCGCUCCAGCAUUCACUCUGUGCCCUUGAGUGUGCCUUUAUCAUCAGCAAGUGGUUGAUUGCUAUCGAGCCUCAUAUUUCCAAUGGUGCUGUAGAUGAAGAGGAAGCGAGGUUAUAUGCGUAUAUAGAAGACAUGGUCACUGAAGCAAAGGCCGGGGGUGAGAUUGGGUCUUCUGGGCCUGAUUUGUGUACUCAGGUUGUUAGGAUCUGGGCACGAAUACUGAGUGGAAAGGCUGUUUGGAAUGUGGUACGGAUGAUUGGAAAGGUUCUAGAGGCCUACGCUCAAAUUCUGGAGCGUCGGCUCGGUUAG